CCAUCAGGCGCCGCGGCGCAAGCCCGGCUGGAGCCGGCGACUGAGGCAGGACCCGCGGAGGCCGGGCGAAGAUGGCGGCCUCCUGCGUCGAGAUCCUGAGGCGGGAGUUCCCGGAGCUCGACGGGGAGAUGUUCGACUACGUGACCGGUAUCCUCCACAGCGGCAGCUCAGACUUUGAAUCGGUGGAUGACCUGUUCGAAGCCGUCGGGGAGCUCUUACAGGAUGUGUCCAGAGACUCCAAAGAUGACGAGGAGAUCCGCGCUAUCUGCCAGCAGAUGUACAACACCCUCCAUUUGGACAGUGAGAACUCCCAGGGAGACAGGCAGGUACUCCUGGAUGCCCCAAUCCAACUUUCUAAGAUCACAGAUAGUUACGAUUCUGGUUUGGACGUGCUGCCAGGACUGUGGGUGAAGAGAGAUCAAACCUCGGUGGUGAACACCAAGAAGCUGGAGAAGGCCGAGGCUCGCCUGAAAGCCAAGCAGAACAAGAAGCAAGAGCGGGAUUCUGUGAAGUCCUGCAACCCACUAGUACUUGAGGAGGCAUCCGCCAGCCAAGCGGCCAGCAAGAAGGAGACCCGCCUGGAAACUUCGGGCAAGAACAAAUCCUACGAUGUCCGCAUCGAGAACUUUGACGUGUCCUUUGGUGAGCGCGUCCUCCUUACGGGCGCGGAGCUGAACCUGGCCUACGGCAGGCGGUAUGGGCUGGUGGGCCGGAACGGGCUGGGCAAGACCACCCUGCUGAAGAUGAUUGCCAGCCGCAGCCUCCGGAUCCCCUCGCACAUCAGCAUCCUCCACGUGGAGCAGGAAGUGGCGGGUGAUGACACACCGGCCCUGCAGAGCGUGCUGGAGUGCGACACCACCCGGGAAAGCCUGCUGAAGGAAGAGAAGAUGCUGACGGCCCAGGUCAACUCUGGAAGGGGAGAUGGUACCGAAGGCUCCAGGCUGUCUGAAAUCUAUGCUCGGCUGGAAGAGAUCGAGGCAGACAAGGCCCCGGCAAGUCCCAACUUCUACAUCCUGGAUGAGCCGACGAACCACCUGGACAUGGAGACCAUCGAGGCUUUGGCAAAGGCGCUCAACAAAUUCCGGGGCGGCCUUAUGCUCGUUUCCCACGACGAGCGCUUCAUCCGGCUGGUAUGCCAGGAGCUGUGGGUGUGCGGAAAUGGCGCCGUGCAGCGCAUCGACGGCGGCUUCGACGAGUACAGAAAUAUCUUGCAGGAGCAGUUCCGGAAGGAGGGCUAUCUAUAAAGCGGCCGUCCGGACUGUGCCCGCAAGCAGGCCGGGAGUCGAGCAGACUGCGUGCCGGUCCUUGUCCUACUUGGUCCUGCGUCGCACGAAUGUCAGCUAUGCAAUUCCCGGCUGGGCGGACCCUUCCCUUGGAAACCGGCGUCUUCUGCGGAGGGAGCAGUCGCGCAGAGGGGAUUCGCAGUAGGAAAGCGAGUCUCCCUUUCGGGCUGCUCGAACUGGUGCCAUGUCUCUGCUGGGCAGGGGUCAAAGGGUAUCGAAGAGAAGGGCAGGAAGCGAUUCAGUGCUGCUUUUAGGAAGGGAAUCAGGGUGUGUUGGAGCUCUGCUGCCUGUAACCCUUUUUCUUUCCACGGGUCUGCCACCAUGUUCAGAAAGCAGAGAAGAAGGUUUCUGGGUUUGGACCCAGCUCUGGGCUGCGCGCUGUGCUGCUUCUCUUGAAAGUGAGGUGAAACUCGAAACCCAGCUUUGAAACAGGUGGGGUGGGGUCUCCUCCCUCGCCACCCCCUGCCAAUUUUCUGCGGUGUAGAGGCGCUGCCUCUUUAUGUGCCAAACCGUAUCCUCUUAGAGGAAGCACUUCUUCCUUCGAGGGUCGCCUGAAAUUGCCCUGGUUUGUUUUCCUGCUCCACAGGUGAUGCCUUUUUGUUCUGAAAAGGGGUCCCCACUCCCUCUUCACUUUUGACGGCAACCCCUGGAGGGCCAGGCAUUAUGUAAAGGGGGGGAUGCCGGCUCUACCUUCUGCCCAGAAGAUAGCAACCUCAUCCGUCUCGGAUGGUUGGGCCGUGGCUUAACAUUUCCAGAAGAUAAUAUUCAGCAAAAACCCUCACUGGUAUCCAAGGUCUGAACUCCACGCAGGACAACAUUCUGCCCCAGCUGACGCCCCCUGUCUCAGUCAUCCCACAAAUAAAAUGGUUUUCCGUUCCAAGCAAAGAGUUCCAGCACGUGUUCAUCUCUCUCCAUCUGCACCGAAGCUGCUAUGUAAAUAAAAUGGGGUCACCCUGGC